GCGGAAGUAGACGUGGGAAGCCAAGGCAGUGAAAGGCCCAGGCGGAUGGAUUGGGAAGGUAUCGGUGCUUUUGCGGAAAGUCGGACACAAUUUUCUCAAAACGAGAAAUGUGAUUUACAGUGAGUGGCGUGCAGAAUAGCAUUUUAUGAAGAAGAACGUGUGAAAUUCGAGCUAGUGAAAUGAGGUGUGCACACGAAUCCCGAAGGCCGGCCGAGAGAGAGUAACAGCACUGUGGAUUUUAAAAACAUCAUGGAGACGCGGAGAGACAACAAGUGAGAGGAGCACUUUGGGAGUCCGUUUUUCACCUUUUAGGCAGACUUUUUUUUAUACUUUUACUAUUUUCCUGGAAUACCGAGUUGAACGGCGUUUUAAAAUAACGUUUUUUGAUUUAUUUUUUAUUACCGCUCUAAACUGCUCCGUCUUAUCGAGAGCCUCCUCCGUCCCUCCCCAGUGGGGGUGAGCGAAAAGUUUGUGGAGGAGAGCGAACGAGAACGCGGCGGCGACUCAAAAGGCGCAUCAAAGGAGAAGGAUCCCCCCACAACUAACAAGCGAAAGCACUGCUCAUGUUUCCCUAUUUCAUUUCCACCGGAGUACCGGGAACAUUGUGUAGAAGGACAAGAGAGUCUGGAAGAUAAUUCAUAUUUUGUUUGUUGGAGGAAGGGGAAAAAAGGGUCGGAUUGCGAGAGCUGAGAUUUAUUUAAAUCGACAAACAUUCUUUUCAAUGGGGACUCAUCCCGAAAUGGAGUUUGGAUACACGCUGUGCGAACGUUUGCUUUAGAAUCUUAUGAAGAAAGUGGGGUUUCCGUCAAAAAGAAAGAAGAAAAAGAGAGCGCGCGAGAGUCGCGCGCACCCCUGCUCUCACACUCGCGCCCUUGUCUCUGUCUCGCGCGCGCUCUCGCUCAAUCCGCAGCCCUCACCCUUGCAAGUUUUCCGUGCGUACACGCGCACUCCAUCUCCAUCAGCUGCCUCCUCCUCCUCUUCGCUAGUCUCCCGGCGUGCACGCGUGCACUCCCUCCCGGAUCAGACGGGGCUGCGAUGGGAAGUCGCCCUCUGCUUCCAUUCUAACAACAAAAGCAGAUUGCGGGGGGCAUGAUGGCCGAAGUCGUUCCCAUUUGAAGGAACUGGAGGAUCUACGAGCGACAUGCAGUGACCCGGCUGGCUGAGCCGAGCCACGCUGCGCUCACCCUGUCUGCUUGUUUGUUUUUGUUUGUUCUUGGGUGCUGCCAAGAAGACAAAAUUGACAAAAGGGAUUAAACUGCCGGGACACACAAAAGGCGAUUUGUCCCAGAAUCUUCACCGUUUUUUUGGGGGGUUUGUUUUAAUUUAUUUAUUUAUUAUUUUUUUUCGGAGUGCAACACCGAGAGACCUGGCUCAUCCGUUACACGUUGGAUGUGCGUGGAUAGAAACGAGACCUCCACGUGCAAAAAGCCUUUGCAGUGUUUUUAACACAAACUGACUUCUUGUAUGGACCUGCGUUGCCAAAUUGCUUACAUCGCCAUCAUUUUGAAGGAUCUUUUCUAAAAGGCUCUGAUUUACUGUUGGGAAGCCUCCGGCUUUGGAUUGUUCGACUUUUGUUAUUCUUUUGUGGGGUGGGUGGGAAUUUGGUGGUUAAAAUGCAAAUUGGAUAAAAAAAAAGCCCCGAAGUAAAACUAAGAACCAGAGAGAGCCCAAUGAGCGGCACACAGUCUACAAUCACUGACAGGUUUCCCAUCAGAAAACCAACCAGGCACGGUAGCAUUCUCAGCAAAGACCCUCCUCCAGACAAGAAAUACAAAAGUGACAAAACCACUGUGGUAACCCAGGAAUUUGACCCUACAGCUGAUAGCGUCCCCAGGAAGAGCAAGUCUUUUUCGGACACCAGUAGACCCGAGUCUUAUGGUCUGGUUCAGCGCUGUGUAAUUAUCCAGCGGGAUGAGAAUGGCUUUGGGCUGACAGUUAGCGGUGACAAUCCCGUCUUUGUGCAAUCUGUCAAAGAAGAUGGAGCAGCAAUGCGGGCUGGGGUACAAACUGGUGAUCGAAUUAUCAAGGUCAAUGGUACCUUAGUGACACAUUCAAACCAUGUGGAGGUGGUGAAGCUGAUCAAAUCGGGCUCCUAUGUGGCACUGACAGUUUUGGGACGGCCACCAGGUUUACCCCAGAUCCCGUUAUCUGAAUCUGAGGGAGACCCGGGGGCACUUGGACAUAAUGUGACCUCACCCCACUCGCCUGGUACAACUGCCAGUGACCGAAUGUCUAGCACCUCUGGUACCUCUGACCUCAUCACUGCCCCAGUGCUAGUAUGUGAGGAAUACAACAUUGUUUAUAACCAGAAAGUGGACAUCCUGCAAAAGAUGCUUUCAAAAGAGGUGCAGGACCUCCAGGCAAUGAAGGAGGCGUACAGUCGAAACCCCAACCCGAAGCUAAUGAAGGAGAUCCAAGAAGCUAAGAAGCACAUUCCAGAACUGCAGAAGCAGCUGAUAAAGGUUACUGGCAUACCACAGGACAGCAUUCAAGGCUUACGCCUGCCCUCUGAAUCUCUGCAGAUCAGUGAAGUAGAGGAAAGCACAGAUGUGGACCAGACUUUGUCCCCUCACAUGGACAACAGUGGACUGGGUGAUGUAACCUCAUACAAUCUGUAUGCACUCUCGGAAAACCUCGACCAAAGAGAGGCUCCUUUUCAGAGUCCUAAGGCAGUAUUCAAGGAGGGGGUGAACUUUUUUGAUACAACAGAGACUGAUGAUGCACUUGACCUGGAUGCGCAUUCCCAAUCUCAUGUUAGCAGUCCGUCACGCUUGGCAUCACAGAUAAUUGGGGUAGAAGAUGAUGACUUUGACGCUGAGCAAGAACAGAUUAAUGGUCAGUGCAGCUGUUUCCAGAGUAUUGAGCUACUCAAGACUCGACCUGCACACCUAGCUGCCUUCCUCCAUCACGUAAUAUCCCAAUUUGACCCGGCACCACUGCUCUGCUACCUCUAUGCCGAUCUGUACAAGCAAACCAAUUCCAAAGAGACCCGGCGUGUCUUCAUGGAGUUCAAUUCAAUCUUCCUGGGCAGAGCCGCAAACUUAAAGGUGAAUGUCCCAGAAUCCAUCUCUGCUGACCUUGAAAAGAAACGGCCAGAGCUAAUCCCUGAGGACGUACACCGGCAAUACAUCCAAGUGAUGCAGGACACACUGUUGGCUGAUGUCCAGAAGAACCUGGAGGAUUUUAGGCAGAAGCGCAAUAUGGGGCUGACGCUAGCUGAGAGUGAACUAACCAAGCUUGACUCUGAAAGGAUACGGGAUCGGGCAACACCAGACAAGGAACGUUCCUGUGCAGAGCAGAUACUUGCGAAAAUAGAGAAAGUUCUGUUGACUUCCCAACCAGCAGAAGAGGAAAAAUGCACUGCCAUUCAUUUUGUUAUAUUCACAUAUAUGAAGCACUUGGGAGUUAAAAUGAAGGAGCCCCGCAGCCUGGAGCAGAAACGUGGACGAAUAGGCUUCCCACCGAUUAAGCAGAAGAGCAUCAAGAUUGAAAAAGAAGGUGAUGAGAAGAAGAUGAAAAAGAGGUUUCAGAGCAUUUUACCGCAGCCUCGCCGGUCUAGUCGUCAUGACCCUAAUGCAAUAACUCGCGCCAUGGAGACCCACAAGCAGCGGCCAGUGAAGCAGGUCUCUCAGCAAGUCAUCAACAUCUCUUCUGACCACUCGGACACCAACCGGAUCCGACCAAGUCUGUCAAGCGACAGCUCUGAGGCAACACUCACCCCCUCUGUGACAACGUCUCCCACACCAUAUACUUCUGCUGGCCCCUUAGACUCCACCAGCCAUGAUGGUGAUCUUGCUGUACCUCCCCUGUCUGCUGUCACAAAGCAGAGUGACUUGAUUUUUUCUGUGGAUAUAACUGAUUCAGCACCUCGCACACCCAAUAAUAUAUUUGAGUUUCCUAAUUCUCCUCUGGACAACCUGCAGGAAGAUGAGAGGGACAUUGAUCGAAUCUAUGAUCAAGGAACUCCUAAGGCAGUCAGAAGGACAGAGUCUCAGAGCUAUAGUGAAGGUCAAAGUGAAGAUGACCAGUACAACGAUUUUGACCAAGAGCAGGACCCACCUAACUGGCAGCAACUGGUGAGCCGGGACAUUUUGGCAGGCCUGACUCCACAUGAGAUCAAGAGACAGGAAGUCAUUAAUGAACUGUUCUACACUGAACGUGCCCACAUCAGAAUGCUGCGAGUGCUGGACCAGGUCUUCUAUCAGAAGCUGAGUCGAGAGGCCAUCCUGCCUCCAGCUGCCCUCAAACACAUCUUCUCCAACCUUGAUGAAAUUCUUCAGCUCCAUGCUUCCAUACUGGAACAAAUGGCUGCAAUUCGGAAGAAGCAUGAAACAUCUGUAAUUGACCAGAUUGGAGAUGAUCUGCUGUCCUGGUUUAGCGGUUCUGAGGAGGAAAAGAUCAGGACAGCUGUCAGCACAUUUUGUAGCAAUCAGCCAUUUGCAUUAGAGCUUAUUAAGACACGGCAAAAGAAGGAUUCAAGAUUCCUAACCUUCAUGCAGGAAGCAGAGAGUAAUCCUCUGUGCAAGCGACUUCAGCUGAAGGACAUCAUUCCUACUGAAAUGCAGAGGCUCACUAAGUAUCCACUCCUCUUGGAAAAUAUUGCUAAGUACACAGAGGACACUGAAGAGAAAGAGAAGGUGAAAAGAGCUGGGGAAUGUUGCCGGCAAAUUCUCAACUAUGUCAAUCAGGUUGUGAAGGAGUCCGAGAAUAAGCAGCGGCUAGAAGAUUACCAGAGGAGACUGGACUUGUCCUCGCUGAAGCAGAGCGAGUAUCCAAUGAUCUCAGAGUUCAGAAAUUUAGACUUGACCAAGAGGAAGAUGAUUCAUGAAGGGCACCUGACUUGGAAAGUAAACAGGGACAAGACAAUUGAACUCUACACUCUACUUUUGGAAGACAUCCUGGUUCUUCUGCAGAAGCAGGAUGACCGACUUAUUUUCAAAUGUCACAGUAAGAACUUGGCAGGUACAGCAGAGACCAAGCAUGUGUUCAGUCCUGUCAUUGAGCUCAAUUCUGUGUGGGUUCGACCGGUUGCCACAGAUAACAAGGCUUUCUUUGUAAUCUCUAUGUCUGACAAUGGCGCACAGAUCUACGAGCUAGUGGCCCAGACAGUUUCAGAGCAGAAAAUGUGGCAGUACUUGAUCACACAGAGAGCUGGAUCUAUCAACACCAAACCACUCAAUGUAAUCGCUCUGCCUCCCCAGGCCCCACCCAUUAACGACAGUGAUCGUGGAGAAGAGGAGGAGGUAAGCGGGGUGCACCACAAGCUCAGCAAGGACUCUGAUGGGCUUUCAGCAGCCAGCGGCCAACCCUCAGAAAAGGACUCUGAGGAGUCCUCACCAGUGAGUCUGCAGGUGACAUCCCCUGGUGCCACCACCCCUUUUGGCCAUGUCAAAUCAGAGGAACAAGGUGAAGGAGAUGAAGAUGAAGAUACAGAGCUUGAUGAGCAGCUUUCCAGACAGACCAUAAGCAUAGAUGAAGAGGAGCUGAGCUGUCUACAUUCUGCCAGCAGAGCAGAAACGGCUCUAAAGAAUUUGGCUGCAUUGAAGCUAGUCUUGCUCAGGUACAUGUCCAUCAUGGACGAAUCUGGAGACGAUGAAGGCUGUAAGAGUGGGCUGUCUCGUAGCUGGUCAUCGGCAGGAAGCCACAGCACACAAUCUCACUCUCAGCGGGGUUCAAUGGAUAACAGCAUGGCCCCUCCUACCCCUGAUAGCCAGAUUCAUGACAUCCGGCUACUGCGGGGCUCCUCUGCAAGUGAGCCAUGCAGCCCACGGGGCCAGGGGUCAGUAGCCGAGACGACGCAGAGUGACAGGGUGAAGUCCCCUGGCAGGGAGGCCACCUCAGGAGAUACAGUGGCCAGUGAAGAAACAGCAGAGCAAUUUUUUGAUGCUUCAGAAGGAUAUGGAAACUGCCUGAUCCUAGAGGGCUUUGGUGCUGUUGGGGAGAGCAGUACAGAUGAUGAUUUGCUCGUAGAGGUCACAGACCAGGAUCCAGAAAUCGACCUGAGCAAGCUGCUCUCUACAUCUGCCUCAAGACGUGGCCUCUCAGUUGCUCCCAUCAACCCCAUUCCUCCCGAGUUCAGUGAGCAGGUCAACUUGUACAUCAGGCAGCUGCAGGCCGACCUGAAACAUUUAAAGGUGGUUGAAUCGCGAUAUAAUCUCUUAUGCCAAAGGCUGGCUGGAUCAGCUUCUGACACUGAAGAAAACAAAGAUAAGAGUUAGUGUUGGCUGCCUCCAUGUUUUUUCCCCCCACAUCACCUUGCAGAAAAGGAACAGAUGGAACCUGAGCAAGGUUGCCCUGGUGCCCAUCUUCCUGCUGUGGAGCAUUUUCUUUUGCCCAGGCCUGCACCCUCAAGGACUAGCCCCCUAUGCCUGCAGGGAAAAAAGUCCUUUCCCUUACCACUCCUGUGCUCCACAUGGAAGGACCUGAAGACCCCCUGACCUGGAAGACAUUCCUAAGCACCUGCCUGCUUCACUCCAGGACAAGGCAACCCAGUUCCUCAGCCACUGCCAUGAAUCAAGAGGAAAGGAAGAGGCCGGCUGACACAACACCAGAGAUAAACUGAGGUGGAAGGCAUUGAAUAAUAAUUUAGACACUCAUUAUUAUUAUUAUUAUUAUUUUUUUUGAGGGGAACGGUGUUUAGAAUCAUUGAGUUAAAUAAGAAACAAGUCAGUUUAGAACACUUCUCCUCACACCCUCCUUGUUCUGUUUUAUUUUUAUGUGUAUCACGCACAACAGGGAAAAAGGCAGCCAUGGCUGUCAAGUGUCCAUUUCAGUCUUGCCCAUUAUGGGAGGUGUGCUACCCUCAUGGCCCAGGCUGAUUUUUGGAAAUGCUUCUAGAUUAAUCUGGCAGAGGUGACUUGCUGGGAUGGAUUGGUUCCAUUUUUUAUUGGUCAUCCAGAGCCUGGGAUGAGAGCGAGUGACCUGACAAAUGCCACCUGCUUGGCCAGUGCACUGAAUUCAGUCUUGGGGGUGUUGUGGCACCCUUCCUCUGCCUCCAGGCACCUUUUCCUCAGCAUAUUUAUUUGUGGUCAGAUGACACUCGGCUGUAGAUGAGAUUCCCUCGAAAGCUGGGCAGGCUGGCCUUCUGUGCUGUGUGUUUACAGCCGGUCUCCAUUAGGGGUCUCUCUCGGACUCCACUUCAGUUUCUGUAGUCGGGACCUUUUUUUUGGACAAAUGGAAGAGGCUGCGGUGUCAACUGCAAAGCCUGGUUAAGACGCUGGGAAGGAAGGAAGGAAGAAAGAAAAGAAAAGAGAAGCUGAAAUUUCAGGUUCAAGGAAGAAAAUUCACAAAAGAGAACAUUGCAGAAAGAUCCAAGUGGCUUGUAACCGUGAUUUUGGUGCGGCUAACGUUUGGAUUUGUACGAACAGUAGGAGAAAUAAUGUAAAUCUCAAAAGAGUUGGAGCUUUGGACAUAAAGAGGCAGAUUUUUUUUUUUUUUGUAAAACAAAAUGUACAUUUUUUUUUUGACCAACGGUCCUGUGUGACACUUGCAUCUCAAAACUAUUCCUAAUUAUUUUGUAUUUUUUUGCUUUGUACACCAUACAAUCAUUUACUGUUUUAACAGAGCUUACUAAAAGAUACAAAAAUAAAGAAAAAUAAAAAAACACUCUCAUGAGCUGUUCCUAAAAUAUUAAUGUAAUCUGUAUUUUUACUGAUCUUAUUGUCUAGAUGUUAAUGAGGCAUUAUUAUUAUAUUAUAAUAUUAUUAUUGUUAUUCUUCCUUUGGAUUUUCUGUUUAAACUGUGUAAGAUAGGUCUUCUUUUAGUUGAGAGAUUAUAUGUCAUUUGGACAAGUCAAUAUAUUGUUCAAAAAAAAAAAAAAGGCAAGAUGAUUUGUGUAUUUUUUGGGGAUUCUGGGCUUUAAAAAAAAAAUACAGUGUUGAAACAUCAUUAAAUAAGCUUGAAAACAUGA